CGCUCUCCUCCAAUAGAAAAGUUCAGCUGAACGGGACGCUCCUGCGGGUGGGCAUUGGGACUAUGCGGUUCGGGUCCAGGUGUGCCACACGGACUAUGUACUGAGAUUGUCAUUUAUUCCGCCUUAAAGCUCAUGCUGUAUCCAUAGACGUCGUGUUUGUGUCCCUCCUUCCCUCCGUCGGACGCUCUUGGUAUCAGUGAGUGAGUCCGUUGACUGUCAUGGCUGUCACUGCUUUAUUGCUACUGGUCCUCUCCUCCUCUGUCUCUCUCACAGUGGCCGUGCUGUUUGGCGAACCCAGAAUAUAUGGAGAGGAUGCUACUGGCUAUGGCCCCAUCUUCGAGGAGGAGCCUUUGGAUGUGGUUUACACUGAGGACUCCCCCGAUGGGAGAAUAUCUAUGAACUGCAGGGCGCGGGCAAACCCACCGGCUUCAUACAGGUGGCGCCGUGAUAACUGGGAGAUCAAGCUGAUGGAGCAGCCAGAUGAGCACUACAGCCUGGUGGGGGGGAACCUGGUAAUAACCAACCCGAAACAGAAGAAACACGCUGGGACGUAUGUCUGCGUGGCCAGGAACAUCUAUGGCACCGUGAUCAGCAAGGAGGCCAGGGUCAAGUUUGGAUAUCUGGAGGAGUUUCCCCAAGAAGAGAGAGACCCUGUCUACGUCAAAGAAGGACAGGGGGCCGUUUUGCUGUGUGCCCCUCCAAAAGCCUGGCCAUAUGAGGUGUCCUACCGCUGGAUCUACAACGAGUUCCCAGUUUUCCUGCAGACAGAUCGCCGCCGUUUCGUCUCCCAGAGGACAGGGAACUUGUACAUCUCCAAGGUGGAGGCUCAGGACGCCGGCAACUACUCGUGCUUCGUCUCCAGCCCCAUCAUUGGACAGAGUGUCUUCUCUAAGUUCAUCCCCCUCAUCCCGUCACCACCUGACGAUGGUGAGGAGAGGAAGUACCCAGCCGACAUCAGGGUCAAGUUCCCAGAUACCACCGCCUUGCUGGCCUCAAACAUCACAUUAGAGUGCUUUGCUCUGGGAAACCCCAUUCCUCAUAUCGUAUGGAGGAAGGUAGACGCCACAGACCUCCCAGCAAACCAUGAGAUCAGUGAAUCAGGAGCUGUGCUCCAUCUGUACAAUGUGCAGUAUGAUGACGCAGGAGGAUACGAGUGUGAAGCCAUAAACACAAAAGGGAAGGACUGGCACAAGGCCUGGCUGUAUGUGGAGUCUGCCCCGGAAUGGGCGGAAACCAUCAACAAUACUCAGAUUGACAUUGGCUCCGAGCACACCAUGCGCUGUGUGGCAACAGGGAAGCCAUACCCUUACAUUCGCUGGUACAAAGACGGAUUCAUGUAUGGCAAAGGUGAGCUGAAGUUUACCAGUGUGACGUUUGGUGACUCUGGGAUGUACCAGUGUAUCGCGGAGAACUACUGGGGCAUCAAAUAUGCCAAUGCAGAGCUGCGAGUUAUUGCCUGUGCUCCUACAUUCGAGUUUAACCCCGUGAAGAAGCAGCUCCUUGGGGCAAAAGGCGGCCGUGUGGUGAUUGAAUGUAAACCCAGAGCAGCUCCCAGACCCCGUUUCAGCUGGACCAAAGGCAAAGAGCUGCUCUUCAACAAUUCACGUAUUUCCAUCAUGGAUGAUGGGACUUUGGAGAUCCGCAAUGCCACUAAGUAUGAUGAGGGCGUCUAUACCUGCUUUGCUCAGAACGACAGAGGGAAGGCUAACAGCUCCGGCAUACUCACAAUCACUGAGGCUACCAACAUCACCGUGGCCCCUGCUGACACGGAAGUGAAGGUUGGUGAGGAAGUGAUACUGAGCUGCUCUGCGGAAUACGACCCCAUGCUGGACAUCACCUUCGUCUGGGCCAUAGACUUCAGAGUCAUUGACUUCAGUGCUGAGUGGCAACAUUAUGAACGUGACAUGGGUACAGAUGGCGUUGGUGACCUGAGGAUCAUGAAUGUUCAGAUCUGGCACGAAGGUCGCUACUCCUGCACAGCUCAGACUGUAGUCGACAAUGCCACAGCGUAUGCCGACCUCAAGGUUGUAGGUGUCCCAGGGCCUCCCGGUGUGGUGCGAGUGGAGGAGAUCAGGGACACAUCAGUGAGGCUGCUGUGGAGUAAAGGAGCGGACCACAACAGCCCCAUCCUCUACUACACCAUUCAGGCCAGACACUUCUGGGCUCUUAAUGAAGACGACUGGAGAAACACCAGCACCUCUCCAGCCGUUCUCGACGGCAAUGCAGAGAUGGCAGACGUGACGGACCUUUAUGCCUGGAUGGAGUAUCAGUUUAGGGUCAUCGCCACCAACGAGUACGGCUCUGGGGAGGCCAGCAUCCCCUCCAUCAAGAUCAAAACCUGGGAUGCUCCUCCUUUAGUGGCUCCAACUGAUGUUGCAGGUUACGGAGGAAGAGACGGAGAGAUCUUCAUCACGUGGACGCCUGUACAGCCAUGGUACUUCUAUGGCAAGAAGUUUGGCUACAUCGUGGCUUUCAAACCUCACGAUGCCUACGACUGGUGGUACGAGACUAUCUCUGACCCUGAGACCAGGCGUUACGUUCACCGUGACCCCUACUUCCUGCCGAAUGAGGAAGAUUUCCAGGUCCGAGAGUUCCAGGUGAAGAUCAAAUCGUUCAAUGUGAAAGGUGACGGCCCCUACAGCCUCACCAAGGUCAUCUACUACCCACGAGAUGUGCCCACGGAGUCCCCGACAGAUGUCUAUGCCAGGCCGGUGUCCUCCCAUGAAGCUCAGGUGUGGUGGCUGCCAGUCGUAGACACUGGCACAGGCCUGCAGCAGUACAUCGAGGGAUACCAGGUCAAAUACUGGAGAAAAUAUGAUGACACGGAGCCAGGAGCCCAUCGUAUAUUUGUCCCAGCCACAGCCAAUUACACCAGGCUGGAGAACAUGCUGCCAGACUCACACUACCUCAUCGAGGUCCGGGCCUACAACGGAGCUGGCUUAGGACCACCAAGUGAACACUGUGAGAUGUUCACCAGGAGACCACCACCGCCGGAGCCUCCCAGGAUGUGGCGGUAUGUCACCUGGACAGGAAAGUGGCUGUACGUGUGGUGGGACCAUAUCCAAUACGACUGGUUUGGCAAUAUUUCCUUCCCACUGUACUACAAGGUCAUGUUCAGAAAAACUGGCUAUAUUUAUGGGAAGGUCUACAUCACCGGGUGGCACUUCAUGGACUUCCCCAUGCCCCAGGUCGGGGAUUAUGAGCUGAUGGUGCGCGGGCGCUAUGAAGGAGGAGACGGCCCCGUCAGGAUGAUUAGGAUUCAGGGUAAAGCAUCCAUGACCACACCGUCACUCAGCCUGGCAUCUCUGCUGCUGCUGGCGCUGUGCAUCAUGGGAUUGGAAAUUUAAGCCUGUCACUACUGACAUGUGUGAAAUGGACUCUGGGAAAUAUUCCGAAAACAUGGACCUUGCUCAGACAUCCAGUCUCAGUUUCAUCUCCAAACACAUUAGAUUGGUUCAUUCACUUUCUACACUGGUUGUCAUGGCAGACAUCCCCCAUCCUGCAUCUGUCCUGCAUGUUGUAUAACCCCGGUGGCUGCUGGGAGUUAUUCGUUCACAACAAUAGAGCUGCAUAUGAAUAUUGUAGCACAAUAUUUGUGUACCAGGUUAUUUGUCACUUUACCAUUCACUGCGUCCCUCGAGUGAACUGAACUGGCAAAUCCCAGCUGCAGGAGCAUGCAGGACGCAUGCAGUGAAAACCUUGGUUUUUACACAUCCAUUGACGAAAUAAUCCCAAACUUAACCAAGAUCUGCUUAAUCCAAAUCAUCCCAGUGUCAAAGGCAAAACAAACCAAGACACAGAGUAAUAACAGAGAUAACUUGGCAGAGCACACAAUUCUCUAACCAGUUUUUCCACAAAAUUCACACAUGAGUACAAAUAGAUCCAGAAAAGUAUUUUUUAAAGUUGAAUAUUGUGACUGGAAAAGCAAAGUGAUUCUGUCAUCAUUCCAUUAUGCACCUCCGAACACCUAUUUAUUUUCUCAUUUACCUGUUUGGAGCUGAAAUGAACAAACUGCACUUCACCAAGGUAUAGAUUUAACUCAUAUUAUGGGCAAGCUUUGUUAUUUACUGUAUAUUAAGCACUGUCAGAUGGCCAAAGCACUGAAUUGUAUGCAAAGAAUUGUACCGUGUAACCACUGUAUCAGGUGUGGACUGAGCAGAGAAGGAUGAGUGAUGUGAGUGAGGUUGUUAUGAGGUAGAUUAGAUGCCAAUUUGCCAUUUAUCUCCUUGGGGCAAAUACAGUAUAUCAUAUUUGUUUUGAAUACGUGUAUUCCUCACAGUCAUUAAGACACUGCUUAGAUUAGAAGCUUAUCUUAACUUUUGUUAAACUUUUAGAACAACUCUCUAGACUCUCAAUGGUGCUGUGUCAAUACUCCAGAGAAUGCUGUUGUCCAAAUGUUUUCAGAUCGUUUAGCAUUUUUUCGUGGUUGCUACUGCCAACUCAGCAGAUUCGCUAGCUUUAAAUGUUAUUUUGAGCUUCUACAUCCCAAUCAGACACUUGGGUCCUGUCCUAGCUGUGCCUACAAACCGCCGUACCACUUUGAUGACGUCUUCAUUUGAGAUCUGUCAGGAUUUUUGACCAGAGAGUCACAGAAUGUUUUAUUUGAAUGAACUUGCCAGGGUUGUACAGAAACGAUUUCACGGGUAUCUGUAUGUUUGUCUCCUUUGCUCGGUCAGGCUGCAAAUCCAUUAAAAACAAUACAAUAAAAACAGCU